AACUGGAUCACGCGGGGCCAGCCCAAGUCCUUCUGGAUCUCAGGACUCUUCUUCCCCCAGGGCUUUCUGACAGGAGCUCUGCAAAACCACGCUCGCAAGUACAACCUUCCCAUCGACGAGCUGAACUUCUGCUUCAACAUGGUGCCUGUGUACCGAGACGAGGCAGUGGUGGCGGAGCAGCGGAGGGGGCUGGCUGUGGGAGCAGAGAUGGAGAUGGACGAGGAGAUCCCCGCCAUAGAGGACGGCGUCCUGGUCCACGGCAUGUUCAUGGAUGCCAGUCGCUGGGACGAUGAGGAGAUGGUGAUCGAGGACGCCUUUAAUCGGGAGAUGAACCCCAUGCUGCCGGUGGUACACUUCGAGCCGCAGCAGAACUACGAGCCCGACGAGUCUCUGUACCACGCGCCGCUUUACAAGACCUCCGCCAGGGCAGGGACCCUCUCCACCACAGGUCACUCCACCAACUUUGUCAUCACGGUGAUGCUGCCCUCCAACCGACCCAGUGACUACUGGAUCUCCAAAGCCUCCGCGUUGCUAUGCCAACUCAAUGAGUGAUGCUUCAUUGCUUUGUACUCCGUUAUUCCUUCAAGGCCUUAUUUCGUUUUUUAUACUUGAAUACUGUAAAUUUCCACUACAACUGUUGAUUAAACUGUACUGCUAAUCAUGAACAGCUUGGGUUUGUGUGUGCAUGUGUGCAGUAGAUGAUCACUUCAGAGGUAAGCUAAGGUUUCGUUCACACACUCACACACGCAUCUCACACACACACGCAUCACAUACACAAGAGAGCCGAAAUGGUAUAAAACUGUCAUUACAGUGAUUUAUUAUAAUGAACCAUGAAAAUAGCCAACCAGUGCUGUGUCUGAGUCGCUCUCCACACAUACACACACACCCACGCACACACUCACACAUACACCCACGCACACACACAGAAAUAAA